UACAGAUUUGAUUUCAGAGCCUUUCGCUGGUUACAGACGAUGAUCUUUACUAUUGAAGAAAUCAACAAGGACCCGACCAUUUUGCCCAAUACUACGCUGGGCUAUAGGGUGUAUGACACUUGUGAUAGCUAUGCUCUGAGAGCAGCUAUGUCAUUUCUGAGUGAUGCUGGAGAUGAAAUGUCAAACAGCACGUGCCAUGGAGCAGCGUCUGUUGCAGGAAUAAUCGGGGAAGCCGGAUCUCUUCAGUCCAGUAUUAUUGCAAGCUCAGCAGGACCGUUCCAAGUUCCCAUUGUCAGUUACUUCUCCACGUGUACCUGCCUGAGCGACAGGCGUAAAUAUCCCACAUUUUUCCGGACAGCGCCCAGCGAUUAUUUUCAGACCAAGGCUUUGGCACAACUUGUGAAACACUUUGGCUGGUCUUGGAUUGGAACUCUUGCUAAUGACGACGAUUACGGGAGAUUUGCGAUCCAGCAAUUCAUCGAACAGGUCACCGAGUUUGGCGCUUGUAUCGCUUUCUCAGACAUUCUGCCGAAGAUCUACAACGCAGAGAAAAUAUCUCAAAUCGUGGCUGUGAUGAAAAGAUCAUCAGCCAAGGUUAUUGUCGUGUUCAGCCCCGAGAGGGAAAUGCUUCAGUUAGUUCAGGAGAUCGCUAGCCAAAAUGUGACUGGGAUCCAAUGGCUUGCUAGUGAAGCCUGGAUCACUGGUGCUGUGCUUUAUACCGAGCAAUUCUUGCCCUAUCUGGAAGGAGCGAUUGGGUUUUCAUUUCGCAGAACAGAAAUCCCUGGGCUUCGAGAAUUCCUCCUCCGAGUGAAACCUUCUCCACACGAGGGGGGUAGCUACACCAAUGUGUUCUGGGAGGAACUGUUUGCAUGUAACUUAAAACUACCUGAAAAUACCACCAAAGGUUCAAUUACCAGAGCCCGUUUAUGCACAGGAUCUGAGAGUCUGGAAGAUACUGACACCAUAUAUUCUGAUAUAUCACAGCUCAGAGUUUCAUACAACGUGUACAAAGGCGUUUAUGCCAUUGCCCACGCACUGAAUCGCUUAAGCUUGUGUGAGAGCGGUAAUGGGCCGUUUAUAAACAGUAGCUGUGCGAGCAUACAUAACUUUAAACCAUGGCAGCUCCUUCAUUACUUAAAGGAAGUCAGAUUCACCGAUCAGUUUGGAGGGGAAGUAGGAUUUGAUGAAAACGGAGAUGCAAUUGCAUCGUACGACAUGAUUAAUUGUCAGAGAGGUACCAGUGGUAAGGUGGAGUACGCCCAGGUGGGUCGUUUUGAUUCCUUCGCAAUCGCAGGGCAGGAACUUUCUCUGAAUGAACAUUCCAUCGUUUGGACUGGUGGCAAAACUCAGCCCCCUCAAUCUGCGUGCAGUGAAAGCUGCCCCCCUGGAACAAGAAAAGUGCCUCGAAGCGGCGAGCCGCUUUGUUGCUUUGACUGUGUGGCUUGUACUGACGGGGAGAUUAGUAAUGAAACAGAUUCAAUAGAGUGCACAAAAUGCUCUUCAGAUGACUGGUCAAAUGCCGAGAGAAUCAUGUGCAUCCCAAGAGAAAUCGAAUAUCUUUCCUUCGAAGAUUCAGCAGGCAUUAUAUUGACCGUAAUUGCAUUGCUAGGAGCUUGUUUAACCGUCGCAGUUAUGGCUAUUUUUUUCCGACACAGGAACACUGCUAUCGUGAAAGCAAACAAUUCCGAGUUGAGUUUUCUUCUCUUGAGCUCCCUCGUCAUGUGCUUCCUGUGCUCGCUGACAUUUAUUGGCCGGCCAACCUCCUGGUCCUGUGUACUGAGUCACACAGCGUUUGGAAUCAUCUUCGUGCUCUGUAUCUCUUGUAUACUCGCUAAAACUGUGGUGGUGCUGAUGGCAUUCAGAGCAACGCUCCCCAACAGCAACGUGAUGAAGUGGUUUGGUGCCACUCAACAGCGGACUGUCAUCUUUCUCUGUACUUGCGUGCAGGUUGGGAUCUGUGUCACGUGGCUAGUCAGAUUUCCGCCAUUCCCUGUGAAAAAUACCGCUUAUCAAAAUGAUAAAAUCAUCUUAGAAUGUAAUGUUGGCUCAGUGGCGGCUUUCUACAGUGUAUUAGCUUAUAUUAGCAUCUUGUCUUGUAUCUGUUUUGUGCUGGCCUUUCUAGCAAGGAAAUUGCCUGACAAGUUCAACGAGGCGAAGUUUGUAACCUUCAGCAUGUUGAUUUUUUUCGCAGUAUGGACAGCCUUUAUUCCCGCUUAUGUCAGCUCACCAGGCAAAUACACAGUCGUAGUGGAGAUCUUUGCAAUUUUGUCGUCAAGCUUUGGCCUGCUUCUGUGUAUUUUCACCCCGAAAUGUGUCAUAAUUCUGCUGAGGCCAGAGAAGAACACUAAAAAAAUGCUCAUGAAUAAAUAUUAA